GCAGUGCAGAGGUGCAGAGAGUGAGGAAAGGAUUGAAGCGAAGAAAGAGAGACAUGACAAAAAUAUCAAAAGGCAGAAAGCACGCCGUACCAUGCGAGCUAAAUUAGUGACCGAUGGGAUCGAGGAUGUCGGAUUAAUGGUGACUACCGUAGCCCGUUUUCGCAGAGGAAGCUUCUCUAUUGCAACUUGGGCGCAGAGGGUCCGCGGGGAAACAUGGCCGAAGGAGGGCCGGGUAAAGGUGGCGGAGAAGAUCCCACCAAGUCCACCGAGCAGGAGGACCGGACUCGACCUCAGGUCCUGUCGGGCUCUGGCUUCUGCAAAUGGUUCAACGUCCGGAUGGGCUUUGGAUUUAUCUCAAUGACCAGCAGCGAUGGGAGCCCCGUCGACCCCCCUCUGGAUGUUUUCGUCCACCAAAGCAAACUGCUGAUGGAGGGUUUCCGCAGCUUAAAGGAGGGAGAGCAGGUGGAGUUCACCUAUAAGAAAUGCUCUAAGGGCCUGGAGUCCCUGCGGGUGAACGGGCCUGGGGGGGGACCCUGCGCAGGCAGCGAAAGGAGACCCAAAGCCAAGGUCCCACUCCAGAAACGCAAACCAAAGGGAGACCGCUGUUAUAACUGUGGAGGUCUGGAUCACCAUGCCAAGGAGUGUGGCCUGCCCCCCCAGCCAAAGAAAUGCCACUACUGCCAGAGCAUCACGCACAUGGUGGCCCAGUGCCCCCACAAGGCGCUGGCCCCCGCCUCAGGCUCUCAGGACCAAAAUGUGUCUACCUCUACGGGGCCCUUCCUCAGCCCGCCGGAGGAGGAGGAGCGCUCGGGCUCCCCUCCCCUCGAGGGGUCCUCCUCCUCCCCCGAGGAGCCCCAGCCUCCCCGCGGCCCCCGGACCCAGAGGUGGAGGAAGUCCUGAAGACAGCCCAGAGAGCGCAGCUAUGGCAACGAUCCACGGGGUACGGACAAGCGUGAAUGUGUGUGACUGACUUGCAGUCAUCUGGUGCAGCUAUGGCAACCACCGCUGGAAUGGUGACUGCAGGGAUCGACUGUUUUUCUUGUUUCAAUCAGUGCAGCUCAAGAGUGAAACAACAUGGUAUGAAUCUUGUGUUUUUUUUCUUCUUCUCCUCGGACCUAAGUGUUGGCUUUUCCCCUCACACCUGUCGUUGAUUGAAAGCCUCCAAUUUCUAUCCUGUAGGCCUAGUCAUUCUGAAAAUCAUGCUGCACACACGGUAGCUCAUUUCUAAGGCUUUUAGAAGCUCGAGACCCUCUAAGUGAUAAUCCAGACCCCCAGGAUUGUUAGCUUGGUUUGUGAAGAUCUGUAGGGACCCUUUUCAGAGGGCGCUUUUAAAAGAAGAUGAGCUGCUAAACACAUUCUUAUAAAUCUUUAAACACUCACUUCCAACCUCUCCCUUUUCACGAAAUAGACCGGACCGACUGAUUGUCACAGUGUGUUUGUGCGUGCACGACUGAGAGAGGGAAAAGGAGUGUGUGUUGGUAUGCAUGUGUUGUGCUCCGAAACAAAGCCUCUCUGUCAGACUGGCCCCUCCCCCCCCCCAGGUGCGAGUCCUCGCUAUUAACGAUUCAGUUUCCUAUUAUUAGAGAUAGAGCAGUUUAGCUAAAACCUCAUAUAAUCCAUAGUUUAGAUUCAACGUAAUGAUCAUUAGACUUCCACUUUGGUUGUUGUAUAAUUAGUUAAAAAAAUAACCUUACAAUUUAUAAAUCAUAGUAUAAGUAAUUAAUAUAUAUGUAAAGUCACAAGAUAUAAAUUCUAUUAACUUUAAGUAAAGCAUAUAUAAGGACUUAGCUCUGACGGUAAAUAGCCCUGUAUAGUGUAUGGGAUACUUUUGUUGUUGUGUGAAAUCUUGUUGCUCUCUCUCUAUUUAACCGUUUUCAUCCAUGACGAAUCAAACUGACGUUUUUACAAUGUACUCCACGCCUUCUCCGUUUACUUCAGUGCAAGGAGUCAGCACACCUCGUUCGAUGAAAGGUGCAGACCAUUACAGUGUCAUCACAGCUGCUCUACUUACUUAAUACCUCACCUAUUCUUCCCUAGCUGUUUGCUCUCCCAGCUGUGUUGCAGUACGAUCGAACCACCUGUUCCUCUUCCAUCUGUGCCUACCAGUUGUUAGCUAGCACCAGCUAGGCAUCGCUCGCCCCUCCACAGGAUGGAGACUCACUGAAGAGAGAUAGAGAGGGAGGGAGAGAGAGAGAGAGAGAGAGAGAGAGAGAAGGAGUGCUGCUUUUGGUAUAACUUGAAUUCCAAGCGUGGCUUUAGUGGCACUUAUUUGUGACCUUACAACUCUUCUCUGACCAUAUUGAAUGUGAAAAGAGCUUACCUGAAGUCGACGCCUCACAAAGUUCACAUCGGGUCGCUUUGGAGUUGUAUCUUAA